UUCUUUAUUCGUACAUGUAAAAUGAUAAUACAAAAUAAAAUUUUGGGAUGUGGGGCCCAAAGCAUUUAAAUAAAGAGGUCGGGAGGGUAAGAGGGUUCACAUUUAAGAGGGACAAUAACUACAAAAGUACAAAUCUUGGGGGGAGGAUUAGGUCAUAAAUUACACACACAAUAAAGGCACCACAACUCUGAUAAAAGAGAGAAGAUUGCUUUGUAACUCCCCACUCUUCUUUCCUCUGACACAACACAACAAAAAGCCUCCCAAACAUCACUUCAAACACAAACCCACCUUCGUCUUUUAACCCAUUUCCUCUCUUCACCCUGAGAGGAGAGAGAGAGAGAGAGAGAGAGAUGCAGAGCCCCGUCUAUGGAGAAUGCAUGCGUAACCACGCGGCUAGGCUCGGCUCCUACGCCACCGACGGCUGCCGGGAAUUUUUCCCCUCCGCCGCCUCCGGAGACAUCUGUGCCGCCUGCGGAUGCCACCGGAGCUACCACCGCCGCCUCCAUCCGCCGGAGAUCCCCGCCUCCUCCGCCGGAGAAAUCAUCCCCCACCACCCGCGUCACCCCUUCACCAGCCUGAGGCGCGUGAAGCAGCUGGCGAGGCUGAGAAGGGAGGAGCCGGGGCCGCCGCUGCCUCCGGCGACGGAGACGGAGGAAGAGGAGGAGGAGGAGACGGUGAUGAUGCGGCGGCGGAGGAAGUCGAAGUUCACGGCGGAGCAGAGGGAGGCGAUGAGGGAGUACGCGGAGAGGUUGGGAUGGACGCUGAGGGACAAGAGGAGCCUUCGGGAUGAGAUUAAGAUGUUCUGUGACGGGAUUGGCGUCUCUCGUUAUCUUUUCAAGACUUGGGUCAAUAAUAACAAACGCUUUUACUUCUAAUCUCUCGAUUUUUCUUUAUUAAAUCUGAAAUAUUAUGACAGAGUAAUUUGUUUGACCCCUUCUCUCUCUCUCUCUCUCUCUUAGAUUGGAAAGUGAACAACAGAUGAAUUUUGACCAAUUUUUUUUCUUC